AUGACUUCAAUGAGAAGGGUCUCUAGAGCUCAGUGUGCAAAUUGCACUUGUUCACCAGGAUUGUUGUCCAGAACUAAUAAGAGAAAAUCGUUAUUUGCUAAGCAAAUUGACAUCAAAAGGAGCGGCUCGGUGUCUCCCCGAGCAAUGUCAAGACAAGGAUCAGUAUUUACUAUUGAUGUUUCAAGCUUAUGUGUACCUGAAGUCAAAGAAGUUAACACAUCGAAGAGACUAGAAGCACUUCGAAGAGUGAUGGCGCAGCAUGAUUUAGGGGUUUACAUAGUGCCAUCUGAAGACCAACACCAGUCGGAGUACGUAUCCGCUUUUGACCAAAAGAGGAGCUUCAUCAGUGGCUUUCAAGGUAGUGCUGGUGUAGCGAUUAUAACUAGAGAUGUGACGUCUUUGAAUGAUGAACCGGAAGGUGCCGCAGCCUUAUCAACUGAUGGAAGAUAUUUCAAUCAAGCUACCAAUGAACUAGACUUUAAUUGGAUCUUAUUAAAGCAGGGCGCCAAGGGCCAGCCAACAUGGGAAGAAUGGGCUAUAGAUCAGGCAUGUCAAUUAUAUUCUGAUAGUGGUAAAGUAAUCAAGAUUGGUGUUGAUCCUAAAUUAAUAAGCUAUCAAUUAUAUCAAAAAAUGUCGGCUUUAAUUAAAAGCAAGAUAAAUUCGAAAAAAGUUAAUAUUGAAUUAGUCCCAGUCAAAGAGAAUUUGAUUGAUAAAAUAUGGGGAAAGUUUGAAGAAAUUCCGAGCGGGCCUUCUAGUAUUAUCAAGGUUUUGGAUGACAAAUACACAGGUCAAUCGGUUGCUGAAAAGUUGUCAAAUGUUACCUCCAUUAUUAAAAAGGAAGGGGCAAAUGGAUUGAUUGUUUCUGCAUUAGACGAAAUAGCUUGGUUGUUGAACCUCAGAGGGAGCGACAUUGACUACAAUCCUGUAUUUUAUGCCUACUUGAUAAUCACUGAUAAAAAUAUAAAAUUGUUUGCUGAUAACUUUCGGUUUGAUACCAAGGUCCAAGACUCUUUGAGGGAAAACAAAAUCAGUGUUGAGCCAUAUCUGUCGUUCUGGAAGAACUUACAGAAACUGUCAGAACAGUUUAAGGCUGAGAAUAAAAAAUUCCUACUCUCUAAUUCUUCUUCUUGGGAAAUUGCUAGAAACAUAGUGAGCUCAUACGAGCUAGUUAAAGUAUCUCCGGUGGAGGAACUUAAAGCGGUGAAAAAUGAAGUUGAAUUACGGGGUGCAAAAGCCGCUCAUCUAAAGGAUGGUAGAGCAUUGGUUCGGUUCUUUACUUGGUUAGAAAAUCAACUAAUAGACCAUCAAGAAUUAAUAGAUGAAGUCGAAGCGAGUGAUAAAUUGACUGACUUCAGAAGGGAUGAGGAAAACUUCGUAGGAUUGUCAUUUGAUACAAUAAGUGCAACAGGUUCCAACGCAUCAAUAAUUCACUAUAAAUCCGUUAAAGGUUCAUGCUCUGUCAUCAAUCCGAAUAAAAUCUAUUUGAAUGAUAGUGGAUCACAAUUUCUAGAGGGGACCACAGACACGACGAGAACUGUGCACUUUUCUGAACCUACGAGUGAACAAAUCAGAAAUUAUACUCUAGUUUUGAAAGGUAAUAUUUCUUUAAGUAAUUUGAAGUUUCCCGAAGGUACGACGGGCACAAUGAUUGAUUCGGUGGCUAGACAAUAUCUUUGGAAGGAAGGGUUAGAUUAUGCACAUGGUACUUCACAUGGCGUAGGUUCGUAUCUCAAUGUCCACGAGGGGCCUAUUGGUAUUGGACCAAGGCCAGGAUAUGCUUCUACUCCGUUAAAGCCUGGUCACUUGCUCUCUAAUGAACCAGGGUUUUAUGAGGACGGCGAAUACGGCAUUCGAAUCGAAAAUGUCAUGUAUGUGAAAAACAGCGGAUUGAAGUAUAAUGGAAAAGACUACUAUCUGUUUGAAACCGUUACAAGAGUUCCAUUUUGUCGCAAGUUGAUUGAUGUUCUGUUGUUAACAUCUGAAGAGAGAGAGUGGGUUGAUCUGUACCACAAAACUGUCUGGAAAGAAUUGUGCGAUUCGUUCCCGAAAAAUUCUUCUGAAUACCACUGGUUAAAGAAGGAAACAGCUCGCUUGUAG